AUGGCUGACCAAAGUGACAUGAUAGCACGACUCGAAAGCCGCCUCAAGAUCCUCGAGGACAGGCAGCAGCUCCAAACACUUCUCAAUCGAUACUGUACAAUUGCCGACGCCAAAGACUGGAAGGGCUACGCCGAUACAUACAUUGACGAUGGUGCCAUCAUGACCUUCGAGUCCUGGGGCGACGUCGUCGGCAAGGAAAACAUUGCCAAAACAGCCAGCGCCGAACAGGUCUUCGACGGACUGCAGCACACCAUGACCAAUAUGGAGUUUGCGGUGGAUGGUUCAGACCGGGCAACGGGGACCGCAUAUCUCUGGUUCUGUGCGACUCCCGACACAUCAAAGCCGGAAAUCCACUACGCCUUUGGCGGGCCUUAUCGAUUCGAGUUCCAACGGACGGCAAAGGGGUGGAGGAUUUCACACAUGUGGUUGAAGAAGAUCUGGGCCCAGGGCAAAGAUACGAAAGGAGUCUUUGGUGCGACAUAA